AUGACAAGUUUACAUAUACCUUUGGUUGUUAUUUCUAUACUGUAUUAUGCUCAACCUGGAGAAUCAUUCAUUAUCGGCUUGGGCAUCGGUGGUAUGGCUAGAGUUGGUAUCAGUACAGGUGUAAUUGUUGGUGGUGGCGGUUAUCGUGGGAUUCGUACCUAUGUACCUAGACGUCGAAGACUUGGUAUCAGUAUAAAAGGUGUGCAUACAAUUGGAGGUGGUGGUGGCGGCGGUAUUAGCGUUAGUAGUGGUGGUGGUGGUGGUGAAAUUAGCGGAAGUGUACGAAAACGAACUAUACGACGUACAGCAAGAGAAGAAGAAGAACAACAGCAACCUGAAGCAGAUAGUUAUGAAAGGAUAGUUAAAAAGAAAAAGGUUAUUACACGUGAAGUUGAAGAACCCAGUGCACCAGUGGAAACUAAAACAAGAAGACGAAUUGUUAAAAAAAGUUCUGAUGAAGAUGAUUUGGGCGAAGAGAAGAGUUCAAGUGUGAAGAGGACACGAACAGUGAAGAAACGAACAAUAGUUGAUGAAGAUGAUGAAUUUGGUGAUUUUGAAGAUUGGUAAUCCCCGUGUCAUCUGGAUAUGCCUAAACACUUUUGAAAUAAUUCUUUUAUUUAAUUAUUAUAUUUCUAAUUGAUGAUAUAUGGAAGACAGAACUGUUUAACUAC